AUGGCACUGGAGAUUCUGAAGGAGAGAGCAAAGUUGGGUCAGGCAAGAGCCUCAGAUGACCCAGAGGCCACUACGCAGUCUCAAACGGGACCGCAAAAGCCAUCUCGUAGCAAGUAUCAGAAACCCAAAGGGAACUCACCAAGACAUCUUAGGAAAAGAGAAAACCCCACAUCACUGUUGCCCCCUUCAGGGGGUGAGGACACCCCGGAUGGAGACAAAGAACAGGUGCGUACCUCCAUGGCUCCUGUUCCUAAGGAAUCGCAAGCAAAGUCCUCACAGAGCUCCAGCGUUGGCUCAAACUUCCCAUCGCUUUCAGAAGACAACCGUAUGAAAGAGGGCAAGAGAAAGAGGGUCCCCUCAAGAGUUCUGUGCCAGUGUUGCACAGUCGAGGAGGAGAGUGCAGGUGGUAAGGGUGGAGGCGUCCUUCCAUCUCGGCCACCUGGUUUCAUCGCCUCUGUGCCCAAGGCUGUGAAAGCAGAGGCGCGUGGCACCCGCCCAAAGACCCUGGCUGUCUCCUCUGAGAGCUCUACCUUCUCUGGGAACGGGAAGGACCCUGCACAGGGAGCCUGGGAGCCAGAAUCACAAGGUACGGCAGCAUCCUCCAGCGACCCUAAGCUGCGGCUGCCUGAUUCACUCCAUUCAGGAAGCAGAAAAAGGAAGCUGAAGGUACCAGAUCGUGAGAAAAGACAGCAGGAACCUCAACCUUUGGUUGGCUCCAAGGCUAUUCACCCCACCACCGCUACGAAGAAGAAGGGCACCAAGGAAGCAGCACGAGCGACAAGCACGGCUUUCCCACAGGAGCCAUGUCCCAUCACAAAAGGAGCGAUGGUCUGGUUUAAGUUUCAAAGUCACCCGUAUUGGCCAGCAAUGGUAAAGAGUGUCAACCACACAGAGCAGACGGCGAGGGUGGUUUUGAUUGAGGAAAACAUGCACCAUGAAAAGCGCGGCAUUCAAGUGCCUCUUCGAAGACUGAAGCACCUGGAUUGUAAAGAGAAAGAAAAACUAAUCAAGAGAGCCGGGAGACUGUACGAGCAAAGUGUGAACUGGUGCUUCUCCCUGAUAUCCCACUACAGAGAAGGGCUCAGUCGUGGGUCCUUCAGGGGCUCUUUCCUGGACUAUUACGCUGCUGACAUUAGCUACCCAAUGAGGAAAGACAUCCAAGAGGGGAAUCUGUAUCUUGAGUUCCCAAAGGUGAAUUAUGCCGACCUGGAAGAUUCUGAGGAGGAGAGCUCCCCGGACGGGAAGCCCCACAGGAAACUUCUCCCUGACCGGAUGAGGGCCGCUCGGGACCGAGUCAACCAGAAGCUAGUGGACUUCAUCGUGAAAACAAAGGGGGCUGACCACCAUCUCCUGGACAUCGUCAAAGGCAGGAAGGAGUCCAGGUGGCUGGCGUCCUUCCUGAAGUCAGAGAGGUAUGUGAUCUGUGUUGAAACAUACCUGGAGGAUGAAGAUCAGUUGGAUGUCGUGGCGAAACAUUUACAAGAAAUCUACAAACAAAUAGACAGGAACAAGCUGGCUCUGACAAGAGACGACAAAGUGAGUUUUGUUCUGGAAGUCCUUCUGCCAGAAGCCAUCAUUUGUUCGAUUGCUGCACUUGAUGGAGUAGGUUACAAGGAGGCAGAAGAAAAGUACCUGCGAGGGCCACCUGUGCAUGCCCGGGAGAAAGAGCUAUUUGAUAGAAACAUCUUAAAGACUGUGAGAAAGAGAGGGAGAGCAAGGCUAAGUGACUCUUGCCCUGCGCCACACCUUCGCAGGGAGACCUCUCAUUUGCAUCAUUACUAA